CCCCCUGGCCGCAGUGGAGGAUUCACACUGCGUUUAAAUGGGACUAGAGGCAGAAUAGUUUGGGCGUGUUCUUGUGUGUCCUGGGAAGGCAGAUUAUUGGCAAAGGUAAUGACCGUAUCACCUACUCUGCACAUUCACAUCUAUUUUGCCGAUGCUCCUGUCCAUUUAUCUCAUGAACCCAUGGAACAAGAAUUGGUUUUGUGUGCGGCCCCCUGUUCCGUUACCAGUCAAGAUGUUUAUUUGUUAAGGUGCUGGAGUGGUGGGAGAAGAGAGAGAGCCAGGGGCAUCUCGACAGAGUUGGGGGAAAGGAGAAGCCGCAGUGGAUUGCAUUUUGAAGGCUCUAGAUCGCGUAAAAUGGGGAUGGAAAUAACAGUCCUUGCCAUUAAGGGAAAGGAGCUACUUAGGGGCAGAGAAAGCUGGAUUGUGGCCACGUUUGAUCCUCUUCAGAGGAGGAAAUCAACGAUUUUCAUACCUUUCUCCACUUCCAGACGUUGCUAGAGGAGCCCUGGCCAGCGACGCCCCCAGCACUGGCUAUCGGGGGAGGGCUCAGCGCCGGGCGUGGCCAGGGCUGGGGGGUGGGGGAGUGGCUUGAUCUCCUGGAAGUCCGAAGUCUUCCUGUCUCGGUACCCGGAGCUGGUGGUUGAGGGAGUGGGAUCCUGACGGAGGCGAGGACGCUGGAAAGGGUACAAACAAGACAUUUCCUACUCUCCGAAGAUGAGAAUAUCGGUCUUGGAUGUGAUUUUUGACUUUUUUAGUGACAAUAUGUGGUGGAUACAGAUCUUUGCCGUCUUGCUUCUGUUCCGUUUUGUCUCCUGGGUCAUGGAUAAGAUGAAUAAUGGAAAAUUGGAAAUUGGGGAUGGAUGGUGGGGUCCAGGAAGUAAGCCCCACACACCUGAGGAUGAAAGCAUUCGCCCCUUCAAAGUGGAAACCUCAGAAGAGGAGAUCAACGACUUACACCAGAGGAUUGAUUUGGCUCGAUUCACAGAGCCUCUAGAAGACAUCCGCUUCCAUUAUGGGUUCAACUCUAACUACCUAAAGAAGGUGGUUUCUUACUGGAGGAACCAGUUUGACUGGAAGAAGCAGGUGGAGAUUCUCAACAAAUACCCACAUUUCAAAACUAAGAUUGAAGGGCUCGACAUCCACUUCAUCCAUGUGAAGCCCCCCAAACCACCAGCAGGCCACAAAGUAAAACCAUUAUUAAUGGUGCAUGGUUGGCCUGGCUCCUUCUUUGAGUUCUACAAGAUCAUACCUCUCCUGACUGACCCCGAGAGCCACGGCCUGAAUUAUAACCAGAUCUUUGAAGUCAUCUGCCCUUCCAUUCCUGGCUACGGCUUUUCUGAGGCAGCUCACAAGCAAGGUUUCGACUCUGUGGCUACUGCUCGGAUCUUCUAUAAGCUGAUGAGCCGCCUGGGCUUCCAGGAAUUCUACAUCCAGGGUGGUGACUGGGGCUCUCUGAUCUGUGUCAACAUGGCCCAGAUGUUGCCCUCACAGGUGAAAGGUAUCCAUGUGAAUAUGUGCUUCAUUUCGAAUGGCACCUUCUUUAUCCUCAUGUCUCUUCUGUUGGGACGGUGGUUCCCAUGGCUUUUUGGCUUCCGAGAGAGAGAUGUACAGCUGUUGUACCCUGCCAAGAAGAUCUUCAGUUCUUUAUUUAGAGAAUCCGGCUACAUGCACAUCCAGGCCACCAAGCCUGAUACUGUAGGCUGUGCACUAAAUAACUGCCCUGUGGGGUUGGCUGCCUACAUCCUGGAGAAGUUCUCCACGUGGACCAAUCCAGAAUAUCGAUACCUGGAGGAUGGAGGCUUGGAGAAGAAAUAUACUUUGGAUGAUCUGCUGACCAACAUCAUGAUCUACUGGGUGACCUCUAGCAUCGUCCCUUCACAGCGAUUCUACAAGGAGAAUCUUGGCCAAGGCAUUGGGACAAAGAAACAUGACAAGAUGAAGGUAUUUGUGCCUGCUGCCCUUGCCGCCUUUCCCUGUGAGCUGUUGCACUGCCCUGAGACUUGGGCUCGGAAAAAAUUCAAGAAUCUCUGCUCUUAUACUCAUAUGCCCCAAGGGGGCCACUUUGCUGCCUUUGAGGAACCUCUGCUCCUUGCAGAGGACAUCCAAAAGUUUAUGGGGAUAAUACAGAAGAAGUGAGCUACAGAACAAGAGAUACUACCCUCCCACCCAACCCCAACUGAUCACAGCUUAAUUUCCCAGAUGCUUCUGGCUACCAUUCAAUACCACUUUCCCCAAAUUACAACUCCGUUGUAAAUCUGCAACCCGUUUCUUGGAAGCAAUGAUGGGAGGGGAGUGUAUUAGCAUUUCCUACCUUGAAUCCCAAGGUUGGUCUACUAAACUGGGGAAACUGAACCUCAUCCUUGCAGCAUGCAUCAGUUCCUGUUAUAUUUCUGUGUGCACAGCUACCCAGAAUUGCAUUCUAUAGGUGGUGGGAUGGGCCUUAAUUUUGCAGUGUGGCAAUGGUUCCCCUGCCCUUUGCUAUUCAAGCUUUUUUCUUUACUUGUUUACUUAUAUAGUUUAUGAUGCCAUAGCUGCCAAAUGAAUGAUUUUGCUUCCCUUCCCUCUGUAGGCUGCAGAGAACGAGUAACUCUACUGGUUGGGUGAGUUUCCUCACCCAACACCAAUAAACUAUAGAUCCAAGUCUCCCCCAUCUCUGUAUGCUGGGUGGAGCCCAAUACACAACGUCCAUGUUCCCUACAAGUCUCAACACUUUUCUUAGGUCUUGAGGCAGUAGAUUUGGGCUGGGUGGGCGUGUGGAAAGGAAAAUGGCUUUUGAUAAUAAAUUCUUUUGCUUCAGAA